CGUGACGAGAUAACGCGAGACUGUAGCUGGAUAAUAUUGAUGGAGACGAAAAUUGAGAGGCAACUUGUCAAAAUAUCCCGGGAUCGUCAUUUAAUCAAGUAGGAGUAUCAAUAGUUACUGGCGGAUUGAAUUUAUUGCGCGUUUGUGCUCAUUUGGAUAGAAAUUCGUAUUUGUGAAUUAAGUUUAUUUGUAAAAGCUGACACUCGGAAAUAUUUGUUGACUAAAGGGAUAGCUAAAAGAAAAAUAAAAAAUAAAGAACUAAAAUUUCUUGAAACAAAACAAUUAAAGCUUUUAAUCUGCAAAUUUAUUUAUUUAGAAACAGUUCUUUAUUCCUUCAAAAUUGCACAAAAUGGAUACAUUUCAAGGGUUUUCUCAAUUCGACCAACGCGCAUUUUCUCACAGCCAAAGACUUAUGGAAAGCAUGCAAAAGUUUUCGAACGGAAACACUGACAUUCAAAAUGUAAUUCACACUGAGCGACAUAUAAGUGAAGAAAAUAAGAACGGUAAUGAAAGAACGGAUCACGUAUCUCUGACAGACGAACAGAAAUACAAAGACAAUGUAGAUGUUUGCAGCAUUGACAAAACCGCCGAUGACAUGAACGAGAAAAGGGCAUUUUCAAACAGGAUGGGACAGUUUGAUAUAAACAUGAUGGAAAUUCUAAGGCACGACAGAAAUGCAAGCAGUGGGAGUAGUGAUGACGAACCGACGUCACACGGACUUGACGGCAUAGACACGUUCGGUCAAGGAUACUCGGAAGAGGGCUUGAAUGGAAAAAUAAAACAUUGCAGAAAGGGGAAAGGAGAAAAAGUAGUUCGCUUAAAUAUUAAUGCGAGAGAGCGGCGACGCAUGCACGAUUUGAAUGAUGCACUGGAUGAACUAAGGUCAGUUAUUCCAUACGCGCAUAGUCCAUCAGUUAGAAAAUUGUCCAAAAUUGCCACACUUCUCCUGGCUAAGAACUAUAUUUUAAUGCAAGCGAACGCUUUGGAAGAAAUGAGAAGGGUAGUCGGUUACAUGAAUGUGUCUCCACCCUCUGCAGCCCCAGGUAGUGGCUGUUUCGAACCUUUCUCUUCGUAUGGACGUUUUCCUACCGGUCUACCGCAAGAUUUGGAAAAGAAUGCUGAUCACUUUACGGCAAUGAUGCAAAAAGUUGAUCGUAAUGCCAAACAUUGUGUCCCUUUUGGCGUUAACGCUAACUCCGAUGUAUUGCCAAGCUCUGUCACAACGUCAACGUAAGAAACAAAAGCGACAAGAAUUUGUGUGUGAUGGCGAUUAUAAAAUUUAUCAGAGCAAUUUUUGAAGAAAAAAAAGUCGUCUUGGAAAGAGGUUCUACAAUCACAGAGAGUUUGACAUCAGUGCUAAACACUUUUUGUGCUUUUUUGUGAAUUACUAAUCCAAUCUUAACGAUAAAUAUGUUUGUGAUGAUAUAUUAUAAAACAGAAAUAUUAUGUGUAUAGUUUCCUAUGUGUCGGUAAGAUAUUUUCUAACUUCGCUUAUCUAAUAAAGUUUCUGUUUAAAUAAUGGUUUUAGAGAAUGUUAGAUGCUUGUUACCUAAAGAAAGUAACAUGGCCUGUUUUGCGCCUUAUCGUCAAUAAUAAAGUAUUUUCAGGAUUAUUUUGUUAUAUAUUUAUAU